AUGUCAGGGCGCCGGUCGUGCGCGCCGUACGUGUGGCAGACGUCACGCCGCUGGGCAGCUGGCUGGAGGAAGCGCAGGCGGGUCGACGCGGUGCCCGAAUGCUUCAAGUCAUCCUCGGAACUGAACGUACACAGGCGCCUGCACACCGGGGAGCGGCCCUACACAUGCAGCGACUGCGGGAAGGGCUUCACCCGCUCCAAAAUCCUGAUGGAGCACCAGCGCACCCACACCGACGAGCGCCCGUACACCUGCGCCCUGUGCGGCAAGGGUUACACCCGCUCCACCUAUCUGCUGGUGCACCAGCGGAUGCACACCAGCGACCGUCCCAUCCACAGGCCCUUUGGCUGCUCUGACUGCGACAAGGACUUCAAGAGGGCAGGUGAGCUGAAGAUUCACCGGCGGUUGCACACGGGCGAGAUGCCCUAUGGCUGCUCCGACUGCGGUAAGAGCUUCAAGACGAUGUAUGAGCUGAAGAGCCACCGGCGGGUGCACAGCAGUGAGCGGCCCUUCACCUGCUCCGACUGCGGCAAAGCCUUCAAGUCAUCCUCGGAACUGAAUGUGCACGGGCGCGUGCACACCGGGGAGCGGCCCUACAGCUGUAUUGACUGCGGCAAAGGUUUCAAGUCAACCACGGACCUGAAGGUGCACUGGCGUCUGCACACCGGGGAGCGGCCCUUCACCUGCAGCGACUGCGGCAAAGGCUUCAAGUCGUCCACGCACCUGAAGGUGCACUCACGCUUGCACACCGGGGAGCGGCCCUUCACCUGCUCCGACUGCGGCAAAGGCUUCAAGUCGUCGACGCACCUAAAGACCCAUAUGCGCCUGCACACCGGGGAGCGGCCCUACACCUGCAGCGACUGCGGCAAGGACUUCACCCAAUCCGGCAGCCUGCAGGUGCACCAGCGCAUCCACACCGGCGAGCGCCCCUUCACCUGCACCCAGUGCGGCAAGGCCUUCACCCGCUCCAACUAUCUGCUGUCCCACCAGCGGGUGCACGCCAGCGACCGUCCCGUCCCCAGCCCGGUGUGUGGAGAGCACUUUGCCACGGCCUCCCAUGCCCUGUCUCACCAGCGCGUGCACACCAGUGGUCAGCCCUACGACUGUCCAUACAGCGGUGAGGCGUUUGACACCUCGCGGGGGUUGCAGCAGCACUGGCGGAUCGACGCCGGUGAGCGGCUGCUCCCACUGCAGCAAGCGUUUCAAGAGAGCACGGAGGCUGAGGAAGCACCAGCGGAUACACACCAGAGAGAGACCCUUUGUGUGCGCGAGAAGCGUUAUGAGUGCGACAUGUGUGGCAAGGCCUGGCAGCACCCAUUCCAGCUGGAGUCCCACCGGCGGGUGCACACGGGAGAAUGCCCCUUUGACUGCUCCGACUGCGGCAAGAGCUUCAAGACGGCGCAGGCCCUGAAGAUCCAUCAGCAGGUACACACGGGUGAGAAGCCCUAUAUCUGCUCCAUCUGUGGCAAGACCUAUGCCGGUUGGUCGGGACUGCAGCAGCACCGGCGGUUGCACAGCAGUGAGCGGCCCUUCACCUGCUCCGACUGCGGCAAAGGCUUCAUGUCGUCGCCGGACCUGUUGAUGCACAGGCGCCUGCACACCGGGGAGCGGCCCUACACCUGCAGCGACUGCGGGAAGGGCUUCACCUGCUCCAAAAUCCUGAUGGAGCACCAGCGCACCCACACCGACGGGCGCCCGUACACCUGCGCCCUGUGCGGCAAGGGCUUCACCUGCUCCACCUAUCUGCUGGAGCACCAGCGGAUGCACGCCGAUGACCGUCUCAUCCACGGGCCCUUUGGCUGCUCCGACUGUGGCAAGGACUUCAAGAGGGCACACCAGUUGAAGAUUCACCGGCGGGUGCACACGGGCGAGAAGCCCCAUGGCUGCUCCGACUGCGGCAAGAGUUUCAAGACAACAUAUGAGCUGAAGAGACAUCGGCGGGUGCACAGCAGUGAGCGGCCCUUCACCUGCUCCGACUGCGGCAAAGGCUUCAAGUCGACCACGGAACUGAAUCUGCACAGGCGCCUGCACACCGGAGAGCGGCGCUACACCUGCAACGACUGCGGCAAAGGCUUCAAGACGUCCACGGACCUAAAUGCGCACAGGCACCUGCACACCGGAGAAUGGCCCUACACCUGCAGUGACUGCGGCAAAGGCUUCAAGUCAUCCACGGACCUGAACAUCCAUAGGCGUCUGCACACCGGGGAACGGCCCUACACCUGCUCCGACUGCGGCAAAGGCUUCAAAUCAUCCACGCACCUGAAGGUGCACUCACGCUUCCACACCGGGGAGCGGCCCUUCACCUGCUCCGACUGCGGCAAAGGCUUCAAGUCGUCGACGCACCUGAAGGUCCAUAUGCGCCUGCACACCGGGGAUCGGCCCUACACCUGCAGCGACUGCGGUAAGGGCUUCACCCAAUCCGGCAGCCUACAGCUGCACCAGCGCAUCCACACCGGCGAGCGCCCCUUCACCUGCACCGAGUGCGGCAAGGCCUUCACCCGCUCCACCUAUCUGCUGUCCCACCAGCGGGUGCACGCCGGCGACCGUCCCAUCCCCAGCCCGGUGUGUGGAGAGCAAUUUGCCACUGCCUCCCACGCCAUGUCUAACCAGCGCGUGCACACCAGUGGCCAGGCCUAAGACUGUCCAUACUGUGGUGAGGCGUUUGACAGCUCGCGGGUGUUGCGGCAGCACUGGCGGAUCCACGCCGGUGAGUGGCUGCUCCCACUGCAGCAAGCGUUUCAAGAGAGCACGGGGGCUGCGGGAGCAUCAGCGGAUACACACCAGAGAGAGACCUUUUGUGUGCGCUGAGUGUGGCAAGGGUUUCACCUGCAUACCCAGCC